AAUCGCCCUCCACCAGUACAGUAAUCAGUUUGCGACAAAUCAAGAAAAAUCAAUAUGUGCAGCUGAACUUAGAACAACCGAAAAUGUCGAAAACUAGUGGUCUCGUUGUGGGGGACUACAUCUGGGUCCAACCCGUAACAACCGGAGACUUCGAUAUACUAAUAGGUGGUAAAAUAACAAGCAUCGAAGAACGCAGAAUACGCGUCAAAGAUGACGACGGUAACGAAAUCUCCAUCUCGCACCAGCAGGUGGUCAAGAAUAUGCACGUCACGUCCGUGGAAGGAGUCGAAGACAUGAUCAACCUAGGGGACUUACAGGACUACGCAAUCCUUCGAAAUUUGCACAAGAGAUACCGAAACAAGGACAUUUACACCUACAUCGGCUCGAUGUUGGUGGCCAUCAACCCCUACGAGCUCCUUCCCAUCUACACCAACGCCCUCAUCAACGAAUACAGAAACAAAAAAUUCAACGAGCUGCCUCCUCAUAUCUUCGCCAUAGGAGAUAACAGCUACAUGAAUAUGAAAACCAGUCGAAAAGACCAGUGCGUCGUCAUCAGCGGAGAAUCGGGAGCUGGAAAAACCGAAAGCACCAAAUUGAUCCUGCAGUACUUGGCGUCGACGAGCGGCCAGCACUCAUGGAUCGAACAACAAAUCCUGGAAGCCAAUCCCAUCAUGGAGGCUUUCGGGAACGCAAAGACCGUCCGCAACGACAACUCGUCGCGUUUCGGCAAAUACAUUGACAUUCAUUUUAACAGGAACGGUAGCAUCGAGGGUGCCAGGAUCGAGCAGUACCUCCUCGAGAAAAGUCGAAUCGUGUCGCAGAAUGACGGCGAACGCAACUACCACAUUUUUUACAGCAUGAUAGCUGGAUUGUCGAAGGAGGAGAAGAAGCGGUUCGACUUGACAGAACCAGACCAUUACACCUACCUCCGAGGAGGAAGAACUCUGACUUGUCAAGGCCGGAACGAAGUAAACGAGUUUUCUGAUAUCAAAGGUGCGAUGAAAGUUUUGAAUUUCACCGACAAAGAAGCCAGCGAUAUUUUCCAGUUGUUGGCGGCGAUUUUACACUUGGGGAAUUUGAGUUUUAAACCAGGGACGGCUUCCAACACAGAAUCGUCCGAUGUACAAGACCCGGCAGCCGCCGAUAGAAUCGCACGGUUGCUCGGUACUAACAAAAUCGAUCUGAGCGAAGCCCUAACCAAAAAAACCAUUUUCGCACACGGCGAUAAAGUAGUUUCUUCGCUUUCGAAAGAACAAGCAUCUGAAUCCAGACACGCCUUCGUCAAAGGCAUCUACGGGAAGCUAUUUAUUUCCAUAAUUGAGAAGAUCAACGAGGCUAUUUAUCAACCAAAAGGGACCGCCAAAACUUCCAUAGGCGUCUUGGACAUCUUCGGUUUUGAAAACUUCACCGUCAACAGUUUCGAACAGCUAUGCAUCAACUACGCCAACGAGAAUUUGCAGCAGUUCUUCGUCCAACACAUCUUCAAACUAGAGCAAGACUACUACCAAAAAGAAGGCAUCAACUGGAAGAACAUAGCCUUCGUCGACAAUCAAGACGUCCUAGACUUGAUCGGCAUGAAAUCCAUGAACCUGAUGUCCCUAAUCGAUGAAGAGUCCAAGUUCCCGAAAGGCACGGACUUUACGAUGUUGGCUAAGCUGCACAACACCCACACGACUAACAAGAACUACCUGAAGCCAAGAUCUGACGUAACGCCGGCCUUCGGGGUCCAACAUUUCGCAGGUCCCGUCUUUUACGACGUUCCAAGUUUCCUGGAGAAGAACCGCGACUCGUUCAGUCAAGACUUGAAACAGCUGAUUCAAGAUUCCGACAACGAUCUUUUGAAGAAAGUCUUCACGGCGGACUUUCAACAAGAAACGACGACAAAGAGAAUGGUGACUUUGUCUUCGCAAUUCCGGACGUCGCUGGACGUCCUCAUGAAAACGCUAAACACGUGUCAACCCUUCUUCGUACGAUGCAUCAAACCAAACGAAGAAAAGAAGGCUCUGAUGUUCGAUAGGACCCUCUGCUGCCGUCAAUUACGUUAUUCGGGGAUGAUGGAAACUGCCACGAUCCGUCAAGCCGGGUACCCGAUCCGAUACUCGUACAAAGACUUCGUGGAUAGGUUCAGGCACUUGGGUAAAGCUAUCCCUCCGAGCUCCAAAGGCAACUGCAAAGAGUCGACGAAGAAGAUUUGCGAAACCGCUUUCCAAAAGAACGAGGACUACCAGCUGGGGCACACCAAGCUCUUCCUCAAAGCGCCCGACCACGAGUACCUCGAACAAGAAAGAGGCAGAGUACUGUCCAAGUACAUCUUGAUUUUGCAGAAGGCCAUCAGAGGGUGGAUCUUCAAGCGACGCUACAAGAAGUUGCGGGAAGCUUCUAUCGUUUUCCAGAAGCACUGGCGGGCUAGAGGUCACCGCACCAAGUACCUUACCAUCAAGAACGGCUACCAGAGACUACAAGGGUCUAUUAGAUCAAGGGUGCUCACGCACUCCUUCGGGAAGAUCCGCAAACACAUUAUCAAGCUGCAAGCAAUUUCGAGAGGCUUCGUAUCGAGAAAUAAAUCUCAGUUUGGUCAGAUUUAUGCCAUCGUGAGACAGAGACGACUGGAUGAAGAGAACAUGAAGAAUUCAGGAAAUAAGAACUACCGAGCGGAUGCUGAAGCCAAAAUGCAGAAGCGUCUAGCUGAGUUGAAUAGAGAGUACACGCUCAAGUUGAAGAAGCAGGAAGAAGAAGACAUCAAAGCGCAAUCGUUGGUUUCCAACGAAUUUAGUUUCCUAGAUCUGGAGUCACCCACAGAGAUCAAACAAGGCCACGAAAUGAUUAUGAAAAUAAUGGACCCCUCCAAGAAACCCAGCGACCAGUUCCAGGACGACGGCGAAGACUUUUCGGCUUACAACUUCGCCAAAUUCGCCGCCACCUACUUCAUCAAGAACACGAACCACCAAUACUCCAAACGCCCACUCAAAGAAUCUUUGCUGGACCUACCGACUCCAGACGACAUCAUAGCGGCCCAAGCCCUCUGGAUCACCAUCCUGCGUUUCAUGGGAGACUUACCAGAACCGCGCUUCGAAAACUCCACCAAGAGCAACGAGUCCGUAAUGGUGCAAAUUACCAACACCCUGAAUCGAAGCUUCACGAACCGCAAAGAGUACCAAGACAUAAUCAAAGAGGAGAAAAAAAUGGCGAGUAUGUCCAAAGCCGACAAGAAAAAGUUGGUCAAUAUGACGUUAAGACGCAAGACCAAGCUGUUGGAAGAUGUGAGAAGAGGACUAGUCGAGGACAAUUACGCCUCCCAGUACUACUCGGAGUGGCUGAACCACCGCAGAACCACCAAUCUGGAGAAGUUGCACUUUAUUAUCAGUCAUGGUAUUUUGAGACCGGAGCUGCGUGACGAGAUCCUGUGCCAAAUCUGCAAACAACUCAGUAAUAACCCGACUAAAGCAUCACACGCCCGUGGUUGGAUUCUCCUGUCUUUGUGCAUCGGGUGCUUCCCUCCGUCCGACAAAUUCCUUAACUAUCUUCGGGCUUUCAUCAGGAGCGGUCCUCCAGGGUAUGCCCCAUAUUGCGAAGGUCGUCUGAACCGUACCUUCAAAAACGGCGCCCGCACCCAACCACCAUGUUGGUUGGAAUUGAUAGCCACCAGAAACAAAAAUCCGAUAACCCUCGACGUGAUGUUCAUGGAUAACUCGGUCCAGAAAGUGGAGGUGGAUUCGGCGUCUACGUCCGAAGAAAUUUGUAAAGAGAUCGCCACCAAGCGCAACCUGAAGGACGUCUUCGGGUUCUCGCUGUUCAUCACGUUGUUCGACAAGGUCAUGUCUUUGGGGAGCGACUCGGACCACGUCAUGGACGCCAUAUCCCAGUGCGAACAGUAUGCUAAAGAGAAGGGUCAGUCGGAACGGAACGCCCCGUGGAGGUUGUUCUUCAGGAAGGAGAUCUUCACUCCUUGGCACAACCCUGCGGAAGAUGCGGUGGCUACUAAUUUGAUCUACCAUCAAGUCAUCCGAGGUUUGAAAUUCGGGGAGUACCGCUGCAACGUCGAACUAGACGUGGCUUCCUUGAUCGCUACCCAGUACUACGUGGACCACGGCGCAGAAAUGAAACCCGAAGUUCUCCACACCCGCAUAGGAGAAUACAUGCCGACGUACCUCGUCAAGAAAGGUCAAGGCAACCUAUCCGUUUGGGAAAAACAAAUCAAAGACGCCUUCCCGAAACUACUCUGCGUCCGAAACAAACUCGCCCCCAUCAAAGCUCAAGAGUUCAUCGUCAAGUACGCCAAAAACACUUGGCCCAUUCUCUUCUCCAAAUUCUACGAAGCCAUCCAAACCGGAGGUCCCGACCUUCCCACUAAAAACAUGAUCAUCGCUAUCAACUGGACCGGUAUUUUCAUGAUCGACGACCAGGAGCAGAUCCUCCUCGAACUGACCUUCUCGGACGUGAGCCAAGUGAGUUUCGAGCGACUUCCAUACAGUCCUCUGCACAAGUUUUCACUAACCACGGUCCGAAACGAAGAAUAUACGUUCUUGAGUCCGGACGCCGAAAGCAUGUGCACCCUCAUCCAGUACCUCCUCGACGGUUUGAAGAAGCGUUCGUUGUACGUGGUGGCCCUCCAGGACUACAAACACGAAACCAACGCGCCUUCGUUCCUUAGUUUCCGCAAAGGCGACUUGAUCACGCUGAAGAACGGUCUGAACGGAGAGGCGUUGAUGUCUGCAACGUGGGGCUACGGAGAGUGUAACACUGCUGUGGGAGAUUUCCCAACCGAGCACGUCUACAUCCUUCCUGCUAUUACCGAACCACCUGCUGAUAUUCUCGUAGCUUUCAAGAAAGAGGGGGUAGUUGGGGCGAAAAAACCGACGGCACCGGUGUUGACGACGAUGCAGAGGAUGAAAUUGUAUACUUUGGCGCACUAUGCGGACGAGCACUUCCGCAUGGGGAAAAAACUUGCGGCCAACAAGCCUUCGGUCAUCACCGCUGCGAGAAGAGCAUCUCGUGAGGAGUUGUGGAAGUACACGAACGAACCAAUCUACCAACCACACUUGCAGAAGUUGCUGUCGAACGAAGAGUUGAGUAAGGAAGCGUGUUCGGCCUUCACCGCCAUACUCAAAUACAUGGGUGACCUCCCGGCACCCAAAGCCAAGUUCAGUAACGAAUACACCGACCAGAUUUUCGCAGAAGCUUUGAAACACGACAUGCUCAAAGACGAGAUCUACGUCCAGAUUAUGCGCCAGCUGACGUUCAAUAGGUUGCUACUAAGCGAAGAGAAAGGUUGGGAGUUGAUGUACCUAGCAACCGGGCUUUUCAUACCAAGCGCGUCGCUCAUGACUGAACUGCAGAAAUUUUUAACCUCACGAACACACCCCUUCGUCGAACCUUGCUUGAAGCGCCUCCAAAGAAGCCAGAAAGUCGGUCCUAGAAAAUACCCGCCGUAUUCCGUCGAAGUCGAAGCCAUCCAACACCGCAGCAUGGAGAUCUACCACAAGAUUUACUUCCCAGAUGACACCGACGAAGCGUUCGAGGUGGACUCAGUCACCCGAGCGUCCGAUCUAUGCAAAACCAUCUCCUCCAGGUUGGAACUCGAGAGUACCGACGGUUUUAGUCUCUUCGUCAUGAUUUCCGACAAGGUUUUCUCCAUUCCCGAAAACUACUUCUUCUAUGACUUCCUCCACGAACUCAUUGACUGGAUGCGCAAGAGCAAACCCAGCUGGAACAGUGCUGCCCCCAUCCAAGCUCAGUACCAAGUCUUCUUCAUGAAGAAACUCUGGAUCAACGCGAUUCCGGGCAAGGACCACAACGCCGACCAAAUUUUCCAUUUCCACCAGGAGCUGCCCAAGUACCUUCGAGGCUUCCACAGGUGCACCAAGCACCACGCGUUGAAACUGGCGGCGCUGAUUUUGCACGCUCGUUGUGAUAACGACUUCCAGCAGGUUCAGACUGCCGUCCAGUACGUGAAGGACUUGAUUCCUGCAGAUUUGGUCAAAGCCGCGAGCUCGUCCGAGUGGAAGAAGAGCAUCUUGAACGAAUACAAGAAGUCUGGUAAUAUGAGUGUCGAGGAGGCUAAGUUGGAGUUCUUGAAGAUCAUCUACGAGUGGCCUACUUUCGGGUCUACUUUCUUUGAGGUUAAGCAGACGACUGAGCCGACGUACCCGGAUAUUAUUCUGAUCGGGAUUAAUAAGAAAGGGGUUAAUGUUCUGCAUCCGCAGACGAAGGAUGUACUAGCGACUCAUGACUUUUCCGAGUUGAGUAAUUGGUCAUCGGGAAACACGUUCUUCCAUCUGACUAUUGGGAAUAUAAUGAGGAAGACGAAGUUGUUGUGCGAAACGUCGCAAGGGUACAAGAUGGACGAUUUGAUUACUUCUUAUACGGAUUAUAUUAGGAAUAGUGUUAAGAAGGAAAAGGAAAAGGAUAAAUUUGUUCUGUAAAAAGAGCAGAUAGGCAGGUGAUGAUGUUGCUGUGAAGUAUUUAUUGGGUAGGAAAUUUUAAUGAAAGUAUUGUAGAAAUGUAUAAAUUUAAUAAAAAUUUUCAAGUAA